AUGUCGAGCAAGUUAAAGAUCCUUGUUCCUGUGAAAAGAGUGAUUGAUUAUGCAAUCAAACCUAGGAUCAACAAGACAAACACCGGAAUUGAGACUAAAGGUGUCAAGUUUAGUAUAAAUCCGUUUUGUGACAUUGCGUUAGAAGAAUCCAUUCGUCUUAAGGAAAAAACGCCAGAGUUAGUCGAAAAUAUACAUGCCGUGUCAAUCGGACCAACGAAAGCUCAGGACAUAUUGAGAACUGCAUUGGCCAAGGGGGCUGACACUUCAACCUUGAUUGACGUAGGUGAAGAGACGGUUGAACCAUUACAAGUAGCUAAGUUGUUGAAGAAAGUGGUGGAGGAUAAACAGUCAAACUUGGUGGUUUUGGGAAAACAAGCCAUCGAUGAUGAUUCAAACCAAACGGGACAAAUGCUUGCUGGAUUGUUGAACUGGCCACAAGCUACAAAUGCAUCGAAAGUUGAAGUUAAAGACAACGAGGUUUUUGUAACGAGAGAAAUUGAUGGUGGGGCUGAUGUAUUGAAAGCCAAAUUGCCAAUGGUGAUCACUGUUGACUUGAGAUUGAACGAACCAAGGUAUGCAAGUUUGCCAAAUAUAAUGAAGGCUAAAAAGAAACCAUUGGAAAAAUUGAAGUUGAAGGACUUUGGUGUUGACUCAAUUGACAAUAGGUUAGAGGUGGUUAAAGUUGAAGAGCCACCCGCAAGGCAAGCUGGUGUAAAGGUUGAAAAUGUUGACCAGUUAGUAGAAAAGUUGAGAGAGUUGAAGGUUUUAUAA